CUUUUGACCGUUAACUUGGACGGUCAAACGCGUUGACUAACGGUCAACGCGCCAUGUCACUGCCAACUCAGCACAAUAAAUGUUAAAAAAAUUAAAAAAAGCCAUAUAAUCACCAAUUGUGAAUUAUUUCAAUUAAGGUAAAAAAACAUAAAAAAAAGAAAGCAGCCCAAUCGAACUUUGCAGAUCGAACUUAACACAAAUCGCAAACCCAUACUCCAUCACCGCCAAAAUCGAUUUCCGAUUGCGAUUUCCAGAUCUGGGCAAAAUCGAGCCUCUGUCCUCCGCCGUUCCCAACGCUGGAAACCAUUCCCAAUCCAUUGAUGGCAAGAACUACGGCCGGCUAAAGAGAGCCCCACGAGAGCUGCUGAAUUCAGUUAGGGGCAAGCUACAAACUCGAUGAUCUGAGCCGAGAGUCGUUGGUGGAGCAGGAGAUGAACGAGGCGUUGUUCCUGGUGUGCUUGAACGAGGCGUACAGGUACUACGACACCCUCUUAGAGUCGAUAGAGGCGAGGGUGCAGGGGGAGGCGGAGCGUGGCCGCGUGGAGGAAGGAUUGGGGAGAAAGCUGGCGAACGCGAUGACCUGCAAAGGUUUUCGGGAAAUGGCGGGGCCGGAUGGGGAUGCCGGGUUCAACAACCUCGUACCUUUCCUCCUUGAGCGCCUUGCAAGCCUGAGUCCCCGAGUAAUCGAACUCGCAAGCUUGCCCAAUCACAAUCGAUCCCACACCAAGUAUCAUAAAUAGCUCCUCUUUUCGACAACCUUCGCCUCCAUCGCCGCUUCUCUAGCCUUCGUCGAGCUUCAACGCACAACGACGGAUUAGGUACACCCCUUUGAGUGGCGAAUCUCCCGUCGAUGCCGGCAUGAGUGGAUGUUUAGAGAAGAGAAGCUGUCGUUCCGGUGGGAGAACAAGGCGGAGCUUCCGGGACUGGGAAGACGGCGAUCGCAGCGGUUCAAGCCUGCUCAUUGUUUGUCGCAUCUGUUCAAAUUGGAAAUGGGGUCUGUUGGAAGCUGGAAAUUGGUCACGAAUUAGGGUUUUAGAAUCAAAGAGGAGGAAGAGGCAGUUGGGAACUCCGAAAUUGAAGAAGAGGUUGGGGGAGGAGACGGAGGGAAAUCCGGUGGGGUUACUAUUUUUUUUCUUUUAAUUUAAUUGUAAUAAUUCAAAAUUAGAAAA